AUGGACACUGGCGGAGGAACGAAGGUGGCUCCGGGGCCCGUCGUGAAGGAUGAUGGAAGCCGGAGUCUGUGGGUGUCUGGCUUGUCGCCGGCGACGAGGGCGACCGACAUCAAGCAAGUUUUUGUCAAAUACGGCAAGGUUGUUGGAGCGAAGGUUGUAACCAACCAAAAAAUCCCCGGGCAAAAAUGCUACGGUUACGUGACUAUGGCCACUGUGGAAGAAGCAGAACGAUGCGUGGAAAAGCUGCAUCGUUCCGAACUCCACGGGAAAAUCGUCAUCGUCGAACGGGCAUUGAACAAGAAGGGCCCUAGUGAAAUAGCUGCUGCCCGUGUUGUAGCGAAAAAGCCAAGUGUUCCGGGUGCGGUGUCGAGUGGAGGAGAGAAAGCUGAUGAAGCUGGGUCUGCUGCACCUGAUGGCGCUGAUGCAGAUGCGUCAAAGAAUACCGCGAGUGAGACUGCGAAAACCAAAGUGGAUGAUGGCUCCGCAACUGGUGCAGAUGGCGCGGAAACCGCUGAUGCCAGCAAGGAAUCGGUCGAGAGCAAAACGAAAACAGAGGCUGGUUCCAAGACAUCUACUGGUGAAGACGCAAAGGCCAGUGGGGAGAAAUCCGGCGAUCAGCCCGGCGGUGAAGACACGAAAGAAUCCCGCGAUAAAGGUGCCAGCGUUGACCGACGCAGCUCGUCAGCACGAAGACGCAGUUCACCUCGUGAAGAUCGGCGCCGCACGUCGUCCUACCGCCGUUCGCCGCCGCCGCCGGCUGGUCGAGGGGACUAUUAUUCGUCGCGUGGGCGAGGCGAAUACCGCCCGCGUGGCAUGAGAGGAUCUUUCCGCGGGCGCGGAGGACCGCCGCGAUGGGAACAGCUAAAUUACAGGCACAUCAAGGAGGAGCAAGAUAGACAACGGGAACGUGCUAGGGCUCGCGCAGACCGUGAGGAAGAACGGCGGAGAAGAAACGAAAUAAUGAAAGAGCGCGAGGCAGAGCGCAGACGACGUGAAGAAGCUGUUCGUUUGGAACGGGAGAAAGAACGACUACGACAGGAACGCGAGAAGAUCGAGAAAGAGCGCGUGGACCUGAUGCGAGAUCGGCAGCGAUUGGAGCGCGAACGUUUGGAGCGAGAGCGCGAAGAAAUCCGUCGACUACGCAAUCAGAUCAAGAGCAGCACGCGGACCAUCUCCCCGUUGCCUACGCAUCACCAACACACGUCCUUGUCCAACCGCACUCGACCAGCGCCGGCAUCGACUGUAACAGCGACAUCUGCGCGUCCCGCAUCGAAGCGGCCAUUCGAAUCCAGCUACUAUGACGACGACAGGAAGAAGCCGCGUGUGGCGAUGUCGUCUUCUGAUUCCCGAGACCGGUAUUACGAUCGCCGGGACGCACCUUCGUCGACCUCGAACACUGGAUCCAGUUAUGAUAGAAGACCGGACCGCUAUGUGGACUCCAGGACAAGUGGAGUAGGUGCGAGCAGGCCGAUGGCGGUGUCUGGGGAUCAGUACAAGUCCCGAAUGGCUUCUUCAAGGGACGAUCACAGUAGAUCGACGUAUGCAUCAGGUGGUCAGAAAAGAGGAGUUUAUAAUAACAGUUCAUCUACUGGAGCUAACAGUGGAAGUGGAACUGGAGGACGGCAUCAGCAUUAUGAAAGCGGAAAUUCGAUGAUGUCUGAUCGAAGUGGAAUGAGUUCCAGCAAUAAACCGUGGCAUCAGGGAAGCGGGGGAAGUAGUGCGAAGUGGUCUGGUGGAGACCGUAGGCCAAUGAUGAGCCAUCAAGGAAUGGGCAGCUCGUCCCAUGGCCUUGGAGGUGUUGGAAGUUCAGGUGGAUACAAUGCGUACUGAGAAAUUUGUUUCGCAGGGAUGAUGCAGAACAUCGUUUCGUGUAUCUCCCAGUUUCACUGAAAUCUUGCUUGCUGUUGUUUUUGUCAGGGAAGAAAUUUCGGGGGGCAAGAAACUGCUGUUUCGUUCUAAUCUUCGCAAGGAAGUCUCUUUAUGCCGCUAGCUUGAUCGCAUGGAUAUUUCCUUUUUUUUCUGGCGGUAUCUGUUGAUGUCUUGUCUGUACGUGAUGACGAUUCUUCGUGUUUGCAUGAAUUUAUUUUCCCUUGAUUGUUCACUUUCUUUUCGGCGCGUUUUGGAUGACGAAAUCUGUCGUGUUCGUUUGAAAUGCAAAAUUUAGUUGAAAUUCGGA